CUGACAGUGACCGAGUGGAUGCUUGACUCACGCAAUAUCAACCGCCCCUGUUCAUUUCCACGCCGUCCGAACCCGGCAAUCUCACUUCACUCCCCGACAGUUGUUGUCGAAUUGAGAGCUUCGUGCUUUACCAAGCGAACGAACCCCUCAGUCCUCUCAUACCCCGCCCUCACUUCUACUACCACCACUACGACCUCCCACCAUGGCCUCUUACUUGAGCGCAAGUGAGGCAUUCGCCCAACAGAAGCUCGCUCAGGAUGCACAGCAGCCGGUCUCGCAGUCCGCCUGGGCCGACAAAUACCGUGGUGCCACCAUCGAGGACCUCGACCCUCCCCCGGCGCUGUCUGUCUCCCCCGACGACCCCAUUUCCUCUGCUCUACUCGCUGCGUACGAGCGCGACUACACACACCUCACCGUCAUCUCCUCGACGAAACGCUCUCUCCUCGGAUACCUGAGCAUCCCCCGCCUCAAGGAAUUGCUGAAGGAGGGCGCCGUGAAGGAAACCGACUCAGUUUCCGCUGCCAUGCAGCGGUUCAACCGCAAGCGAGGCACAUACGAAGUGAUCACGAUGGAGACCCCGCUGGAGGAGCUGGAACAAUUCUUCGAGAGCGAGACCGAUGCCUGUGGCGCAACCCGGGCUAAGCAGACCUUCGCGGUUGUCACAGAUGCGUCGCGCAAGUUCGUGCUCGGCGUGGCGACCAAGGCUGAUUUGGAGGAGUUUGUCAAGAGGCGCCCGACUUGAUUUAAUCAUAUCAUUCUUCCUUAAUCUGGCCCGAUGUCUGAUCUCCUGGAUGGCCUUUCUCCAAGCCUAGCAAACGCAUCCCAGGGCGCGGUUUCCCUAUACCCUGGUUGUGAUAAAGCCCUUUGCCCACACCUCCCAAACCCUCGACAGCAUGACUAGGAGUAUCGGCAGUCUGCUAGCGUAGUGCGUGUUGCGAUUGGACAACAACGGUCUACGCCUGACUGUAAGCACCGAUGCUCGGUCCCAUUAGGACUUGCAAAAUUGAUAUUCUGGAGCAAUCACCCAUAGACACAUGAUAGAUACAUAGCAUACACGCAACUGCCCCUGGAACGCCGUAG